UACUGACAAUCGCUAAGAAACUGUUGUGAAAGUCAUAAGCCUGUAUUCUUGCAGAGCAUAUAUAUAACAGGUGUUCCCACUCCCUGUGUCCUUUGUAUACACAUUCAUUCUGUAUUCAAAUCAGAGAAGCAAGAGGCAGGAUAGGGUCUGUUACCUCACUGCUAAUUUCCCUAGCAAAUAAACCAGCAGCUGCUGGUCCACAAACCAAGUUGCCACCAAGAACAGGGCACUGUAUGCAUGGGAGAGGAUGCUUUCAUGGAACCCUUCAGCAGCAUGGUUGGGGUCUUUCACUGCAAAAUAUACCUCCUUCUCUUCGGCACUUGCUUGGGGCUGACAGUGACGGUGCCAUCGCACACCGUCCAUGGCAUCAGGGGUCAGGCCCUCUACCUCCCCGUGAACUAUGGCUUCCAUACUCUGGCUUCAGACAUCCAGAUCAUAUGGCUGUUUGAGAGACCCCACACGAUGCCCAAAUACUUACUGGGUUCUGUCAAUAAGUCUGUGGUUCCUGACCUGGAAUACCAACAUAAGUUCACCAUGAUGCCACCCAAUGCAUCUCUGCUCAUCAACCCACUGCAGUUUACUGACGAAGGCAGUUACAUCGUGAAGGUCAACAUUCAGGGAAAUGGAACCCUCUCAGCUAGUCAGAAGAUACAAGUCACCGUUGAUGAUCCUGUCACAAAACCCAUGGUACAGACUCAGCCUUCCUCUGGGGCAGUGGAGUAUGUGGGGAACAUGACCUUGACAUGCCUGGUGGAAGGUGGCACCCGGCUGGUUUACCAGUGGCUAAAAAAUCGGAGACCUGUCCACACCAGCUCCACCUACUCCUUUUCUCCCCAAAACAACACCCUUCGUAUUACUCCAGUGACUAAAGGAGACAUUGGAAAUUAUAGUUGCCUGGUGAAGAACGCUGUCAGUGAAAUGGAAAGUGACAUCAUUAUUCCCACCAUAUAUUAUGGGCCUUAUGGACUUCGGGUUAAUUCUGAUAAAGGGCUAAAAGUAGGGGAAGUGUUUACUAUUGACCUUGGAGAAGCCAUCCUGUUUGAUUGUUCUGCUGAUUCUUAUCCCCCCAAUACCUACUCUUGGAUCCGGAGGACUGACAAUACAACAUAUGUCAUCAAGCAUGGGCCUCGCUUGGAAGUUGCAUCUGAAAAAGUAGCCCAGAAGACAGCUGACUAUGUGUGCUGUGCUUACAACAAUGUAACCGGAAGACGAGAUGAAACUCAUUUCACAGUUAUCAUCACUUCUGUAGGACUGGAGAAGCUUGCACAAAAAGGGAAAUCAUUGUCACCUUUAGCAAGUAUAACUGGAAUAUCACUAUUUUUGAUUAUAUCCAUGAGUCUUCUCUUCCUAUGGAAAAAAUAUCAACCCUACAAAGUUAUAAAACAGAAGCUGGAAGGCAGACCAGAAACAGAAUAUAGGAAAGCUCAAACAUUUUCAGGCCAUGAAGAUGCUCUGUAUGACUUCGGAAUAUAUGAAUUUGUUGCUUUUCCAGAUGCUUCUGGUGUUCCCAGGAUGCCGAGUAGCUCUGUUCCAGCCUCUGAUGGUGUAUCAGGGCAAGAUUUGCACAGUACAAUUUAUGAAGUUAUUCAGCACAUCCCUUCCCAACAACAAGACCAUGCAGAGUGAGCAUUCAUGAGCAAAGCAGUGCACUGGAGUGAAAUAAUGAAGGAAUAUUUUGAGGAAAAACACUGGAAAUGUAUAUUCAUCCAGAAUUGGUGAAGGCAUCAAGCCCAAUACCUCUUACUCAUUACUCCUUUUAAAUGUAGAACAGAUUCAUUUAUAAAACAUGGACUGCAGGUUUUCCAGUAUACACACAAUGCAUUCUUUGUGCUACAGAGGAAAGAGAUAGAAAAAUAUUCCUCAGUGGACAGUUUUUAUCAUGCUGACUGGGAGAUAGAAAAGGAUGGGGCUUUCCAAUCAAUCUUUUUGUAUCAAGUUUCUUUAAAAGCCUAAUUAUUCUCCUCUAUACUUGCACUUUCAUCAACAAUGACACUAUCCUAUCUAUCCUACAAAUGCGGAAACUGUAUUCGUAAAUUUUUCAGCAAGAUUUGUUUUAUUAAAUCCUUAUUACUGUCAAGAUUGCUAUAUUUAUUUUUUUAAAUUUUACUCCAAAACUUCUUUCUUGUUAUUUGUAUCAUAAAUAAUAAGAAUAGUCAUCACUAAAGCAAGACAUUGCCUAUUCCUAUGUUGUCAGUCACCAGUGGGGUUUUUGAAGACUUGUAAGACACUGAAAGAAAUGACUUAUUAGUCUUAUUUUAAUUUUUGUUCAAGGAAAGAUGGAUUCAAAUAAAUUAUUCUGUUUUUGCUUUUAUGUGACCUUGAUUCUUUGUCUUAUAGAGUAAAAAUAUUACCUGAGUCAGAUUGUAGAAUUAAAUGUUUAUCCUUAUUUCCCGUAUACAAUAAAGUGUAGAUUAUAGAGAACUACUAAAGUAAGACUCUUACUCUCUCACAGCUUGUUAUUUUGUACAGAAAGAAAGAAAUAGAAAGAAUGGCAUUUCUCUUUAAAGGGUUUCAAGUGAGCCACUAUAUCUACAUAGCCCUUCCCAUAUUUUCAUAGAAGCGCAUAGUGAAAAGAAAAGUAAAACUAAGUCCUAUAACACCUUUCUGGAUCCUACUAAAAGGCUUUCCUUCU